AUGGCUAGCGAGAAGUACGACAAGGUAAAUAAGGAGUUGGAGGGGGUUAUCCAAUCGCUCAAGUCUAUCGAGCGUCAUUUCAACAGAUGGUAUCAUUACUUAUACGUCUUUCUCAACGACGGCGACUUCAACUCAACUUUCAAGGAGACCGUCCAGAACCAUACCAGUUCCUCAGUAGAGUUUGGGAAAAUCGACUCGAGCAUGUGGGACUUCCCGGAUUGGAUAGAUCCAAGGGUUGCGAAGGAGGGAAUUGCAAAGCAAGGCGACGCCGCAAUUAUGUAUGGUGGCAUGGAGCGCUCGAAGCAGAUAUAA